GUGGGCUGAACAAUACUGAGUGCAAAAAUGUCUGCAAAAACUAGUAUGUCUGUAACGGUGUAGGUGAGAGCUGCUUGUUUGCAAGAACCACCUAUGAAAUGACACUGCUGGGUCAUCGGCCUCCUCCUCGUGGAGCCGGUUGCAGGGCUGGAGCUUCGGCUGGUGGAGAGCCUUUGGGGCUGGAGAAGCCAGUCUGAGCUGGGAAAGGCCAGGAGUAUCCUCCCACAGUUACUAGAUGUGGCUGUGGUGGGCUGCUGCUAGCUUCUGCUGCUUCCACCUCCAGAGAUUAAAUUUAAAACGCAGAAAGUUCCAAUCUGUGAUAAUUUUAUUACCCAAAAACUAUGUACCAAAACUCUUACUGUUUCAAGUGUCAGCUAAGGAUGACUGUCAGAAGUUUGGCCGGAGAGGUUGUUUGUGCUGGUUGGGUUGGCUUGCUGAGGUGCUUGCAGUGCAGUCAGGUCAUCAUCUCCUAAUGGCUUUUUGGUCAUAGUAUAUGUCAGUAUGCUGUAUAGGGUGAUUUCUUUACCUUGAUACAUUGAAACAAAUGUUUCUUCUAAGCGUAAUUGCUGUUGUACUUCAGAAGGAACAGUGAAUUUCACAGCUGACCAGUUAUGAAUACUGUUCAGGCACAUUUGAGGCCAGCCUAAUGUAGCAAAAGAAUUAAUUUGAAGAGCUGCUUCAUUGUGUCUGUCUCUCUUUAACAGCUCUGAUGACAUGUCACAGGGAAUCAACAAAAGCAGAUGGCUGGAGGUGGCUCUUGUUGCUUUGGGGAGUAUUCUGUUGAAUAGCGAAAGAUAAGAAGAUAAGCACAUUAACACAAAAAGUACUUUGUGCUAAAGUGUGUUAAAACUUAAUUUGAGAGCAGAUUGAAAAAUGGUAUAUUUUAAGCACAUAUAUUCACUAUACUUACUUGAUACUGAAAGUUUUCUUUUCCAAGUGCAGGUACAAAUUUCCAAGUACAAUGAUCAGAUAUGCUUAUAAAGUCAUAAUGUACCAGCACAGCCUCGCAAAUGUAAUGUUUUGGCAGAACAUUCAGGGGAGAUGACUGUACCUUAUCUUGUGUGACUUAUCAAAGGUGAAGCACCAGAAUGAAAGACAUGGACAAUAUCAAAACUGUCAAGAAAGAAUGGUGUAAAUCAGGAACUGAUGAUCAGAUUUUGAAUGGUACAGAACAAAGCUGUGAAUACUUUGUAGAUAAUCUUUUUGAAGAAGCUCAGAAGGUUGGUGCUAUAUGUAUGCCCCCAACUACAGUCAAGAACCAGGUUGAUGUAAUCAUUAAACUUUGGAAAAAUGGGUUUACAGUAAAUGAUGGUGAACUUAGGAGCUACACUGAUGUUGCAAACCAGCAGUUCUUGGACUCCAUAAAAAAAGGGGAACUGCCUUUUGAGCUACGCAAAGUUUUUGAUAAAGAGGAGGUAGAUGUGAAAGUGGAAGAUAAAAAAGAUAAAUUGUAUUUGUCAUCACAAAAGCCAGUGUUUCAUCCUUUUUCUGGACACGGUUACAGAUUAGGAAGUGCUACUCCAAGGAUAAUCUCCAAAGUAAGAGAUGAUCAUCAAGGACCUGACAACAAAAGGCACCUCCCUUUAGUACCGUUAAACAAUUUGGAGCCUAUCACUAACAUCCAGAUCUGGUUAGCUGAUGGAGAAAGGAUAAUUCAGAAAUUCAAUGUUUCUCACAGUGUUAUGGUUCUGCUACAUUUACCACACACUAGAGGCAUACAUUUAAUUCUACCUCUUGGCUACAGAAACCUCAGAAUAAGCCAUGUCAGAGACUUCAUAACAAAGUAUCAAGGAUCAGAGGGAAGUGUCCCCUUUACGCUGACUACUUCGCUGCCAUUUCGAGAGCUGCGAGAUGAGACACUCACACUACAGGAAGCAAAGCUUCAAAAUGCAGUUGUUGUUCAGAGACUUUGGAAAACAACUGAACCUUUCAGGCUCUUAGUGAUGAAAACACCUGACAAUGACUAUAAAACUGCUGCUACACCCAAUGGACAGCUCAAGAAUGAGCGAAAAAACACUAUCAAAAGUACAUGAUCAAAUUAGCUUUUAACUGGCCAAAACCUGCAUGCAGGUGGAACUAUACAAAACCAAAAAUGUAACCAGCAAUAUCUGGAUGCACUCUCAUCCUCCCGUACUGUGCUCUUAGAGAGCAAAAUUUGUGCUGUGCUAUCAUUUGCUAUAAUAGAAGUAUUUUUAACUAAAUUUGGUGGUCAGAGACUGGCUAUAAUGUAGCAGAGGUAACUGUAGAACAGGUCAUCCUUAUAAUUCCUUAGGUAGAAAGCUUCUAAGUUCUUAGUAUAUUUAAGUGGAACAGUUCUCUGAGAUUUAUUUACUACUGACAGCACCUUUUAAGGAACAAAUAGUAUUUAUUUUUGCACUUUGGACAGUGAGACUGAACAGAUUGUUUCACUUACAUUUUAGAGUAAGCUGCUGCAGUUUGCAUUCUUCUCACAGUAACUUUUAGGCAACAGAUGUUCAGGGAAGCUCACAUUUGAACUCUUAUCUAACUUGUAAACCUUCAGUAUCUUCAGGAUUUAACUUUUUCACAAGAUAUGCAGUGUAAUGUUCUGUCGGGUCUUCACAUGAUGGUAGGUGCAUGUGUGAGAAGAUAGAAAUGAGGUAGUCUGGUGCAUACUGCAUAUGAAGUGCCUCAGAGUUCUGAAGGAAUUGUUAUUACUAGAACUAGUGGUAGAGAGGGUUUCUGCCUCUCUUGUGCUCCUACGAGUGUCUUGGAGAUUGUGAUGUUAAACUACCUAGCUCAUUAGGAUAGAAACCCACUUUUAUAGCCUUGUCGCACAAAAACUUCAGCUUUUGUGGAGAUUACCAUACAAAAUAGUGGUUUAGACAGAUGUAGUUGGCUUCAUACUAUGUAUCUGCCUGUGUCCUGAACUGAGACAAUAACUGCAUGUGGCCAAGUUUCAAAGACGUUGAAAAUCCUUAUUUGAAAACUGUGGUUUCUUUCCUCUUCCCCUCACUCCCCUUGCCCCAUUUCCAACCAAAUUGAUUGUUUUGGUAUUCAUGUACUUGAGGCAUAAAAUCUGUAGCCAACUAUUCCAUGUUUUGCUAAAGGAGAUAUCAACAUAAAAAUUAAAUAUUUUGUACUGUGUUUGCCAAGUAGCAUGUGGGUUUGUGAAUGGAGCUAGAGUCUCUAGUAAGACUUCAAUGAGUGCUGACUAGUCUGUGCUACCUAUGCAAGCGAAUGGGGUUGUAAUUCUUUUGCAUUGUUAAAUGAAAGAUGGGUUUGAGAUUUCCUGUUUUUUUUCUAAGUAGAAAAAUUAUUUAAUUGGACUGACUUGAAUUCCAUAAAAGUUCUGUUACUUCAAACUAGACAUGUGCUUGCUUCAUUCCCAGGAAUGUAAAAACUCCUUCGCUUCAUCAUCUCUCCAGGUAUGUUUGAGUGCAGUGAAAUGAAAGACAACUGCACAAAUACCUAUUCAGUGUAUUCAGAAAGCAAAUCUCAGAAACCUAUGCAGUUAACUGUUCUCAGUCCUAUAAAGUUGAUGUGCUGGUGUAUCAUUCAGGUUUAUGUAGCAAAUAAUCCAACUAGAUUUUCUUUGCUCUUGCACUGACUCCUCUACUAUAUGUAAAGUUUACCAGAUCUCUAGUAAUAGAAGGAAUGUGCAGACAAAUCUACUAGUAAAAUUGAAGAGACAAGUCACUCACAGACACAGAUCUAACCCUCAGUCUGCAGAACUUCCAGAACACUGAAUUUUGUUAACUGGUGCUUUUGAAUUUGUCUUAAUGUAAAACUGCUGGAAAACCUUACAUGCUUGAUUGUGAGCUCAGUUGUUCGUAUCUAAAAGGUGCAUGAAAUGUCAAAAUACAUAGAAUUCAAGCUAGUCACAGUUAUAUAUAUGGUAUAUGCUAGUCAAAGUAAUAUACUAUUCCUGCAUUUAUAGCAUAGAAAUUCAAAGGAGUAAGUAGUGUAGGAUUGAUGAGGAGAAGUGUCAAAUUUUAACAUAGGUAAAUCCAUUUUGCUUGUCAAAAAAUCAUGGUUUUGGAAAGGAGCAGUAUUUCAACACUGGUUCAUGUCUGCUACCACUAUCAUAAGAGACUGGGUAGUUUGUCUGGCUAUCUAUUGUGCUUUACUGAAAUAGGAUAGUUUUGGCUACAGCUUUGGUGUAUUUCUAUGUAAUUGCAAUUUGAAAGUGUCAUGAUCUUAAUUACAAAAUGGGAGCAAAUUUUUAAAAAAAAAAUCAGGAGUGAUGCUGACUGCACUAAUCCCUGUUAGGCUAGAAAGUGCCUUUAAAAAAAAGGCAACAAACUGUGACUGGAUAACUCACUGAUUUGGAGAAAAUCUUUGGAAUGAAUACAGGGCUCUCCUAAAUCUAA